AUGAAUUUCCGUAACGUCGAUCAGUACGCGACCGCGAUGCAGCACUACUUCACGCUGUUCGGCGUGACGCUGUUUCUCAACCCGGACAAAUUCUGGAGCGCCACCGCGGGCGUCAUGCCGUUGCGUUACUUCAACGCCGUCGGCGCGGCGACGACGCAGAGCGGGUUCUUCGCCCGCAUGACUGGACUCGGAUUUUUAAUCCUCGUCCUGGGCAAGCGUUUGGGCACGUCCAACGCCGUGUUCGCCAAGCAGUGCAACGCGUUCCACGCCUUCACGCUGAAAAUGUUCUACGACUGCGCGCGCGUCACGUACGCGAGGCGGCAGACGGUGGAAUUCGUGGCGCAGACCUGGAAGCUGCAAGUCGCCGUGAACGUCGCGCUGUUGCUCUGGGGCACGAGCACGACCGGGGGAUUGAAGAACAUGUUGAAGCGAGACUGAGUCGAGGGAUGACAGACAUCGACGACUUCGAUCGACGACGACGACCGUGCGUCGACGUCGAGGCGACGACGGACGCGAGCGCGCGCGGAGCGGCGCGCGCGCUCGAAACGAGGCUCGGGACGAGAAUGGGGGCAAAUAAAACUUGUAAUAAUGACGUGGGAACAGAAAAAUAACGCACGCGUGAUGCGAACAACGAUGACGACGAGCGAAGCGAAGCGCGUUCGUCGCGAGGAGGCGCGUUCGUCGCGAUGCGAGGAGCCGUCUCCGCGCUCAAAUGUAAGAAACCUGUGAUUGGUUUGCAAAGUCUAUAUCCAGCUCGUCGCCGGUCUGGUCUCGUCUAUCAUCGUCGCCACACCCUCCGCUAACCAUCGAAUGAAGCACGCAUUCAG